AUGAAGUUCCCAGGCAUUGGCGGCGAGCAUACGGAAGCAUGCGCGCCCGUUGAUGGUGGCAGAUUGCGCUACGUUCGACGUCCUCUUCCGCUUCUGGUUGCAUCAUCAAACGGCGAUGCAGGGUGGUAUCUGUCAAUCAUUGCUGGACAAUCCACCACGCAGAAUAAAAUGAAGCCACAUGAGUACAAUUAUCUACCGAAAGUCCUCCGCAGUACUCGUGUGUCCCAUACAGAUGCAGAAAAGAUGCGACGUCUGGUCGGACAGACCAAUAGCGACGGUGAGGCUGUUGAUAGCGGGCGAAAGGCGGUUGAGGCGGUUGCUCCUGAUAGACCCCGACGAGCACAGGUUCAACAGAUUCGAGCUUACCGCUUGACCACGCUUGCGCCCGAGCUGCCGUGCGCCCCUUUGUUGAUUGUUUGGGCGGGCAAUAGAUGGAAGGAGGACGUGACACUUCCGAGGCGCUCCUUCAUGAACGCGGAGUGUCCUUGCGGCACGUCUAGCGUGGGCAGUAGUUGGAUGUACGGCGGCGCGGUUUGCGACGUGGAUCCGUCCACAAUGUCGCCGAGGUUGGUCAACAUGUAUGCGUUUCACACCGAUCACGUCUACGCGUGA